AUGCCAAAGCUUGAUUUGAGUUUUGCAAAAUAUAAUUCUGCUUCCAUCCCCUUGAUUGUGAAAAUCAUCCUCUGUGGUGCUGAAGAUGUUGCUUUGAUUGAGUAUGCACAUUUAACCGGUCGACCAUUUAGGGUAUUCAGCCUCGACACUGGGAGGCUUAAUCCAGAAACUUAUAAAUUCUUCGAUGAAGUUGAGAAGCAUUAUGGCAUCCGCAUUGAAUACAUGUUCCCAGAUGCUGAUGAAGUUCAGGCCUUGGUAAGGAGCAAGGGAUUGUUCUCUUUCUAUGAAGACGGCCACCAGGAGUGUUGCCGUGUUAGAAAGGUCAGACCCCUAAGGAGGGCCCUCAGGGGUUUACGUGCCUGGAUCACUGGGCAAAGAAAAGAUCAGUCUCCUGGGACUAGGUCUGAAAUUCCUGUUGUCCAGGUAGACCCUGCUUUUGAGGGAUUGGAAGGUGGGAUUGGCAGCUUGGUGAAGUGGAAUCCAGUGGCAAAUGUUGAUGGCAGUGACAUGUGGAACUUCCUUCGAGCCAUGAAUGUGCCUGUGAAUUCAUUGCACUCGCAAGGAUACAUCUCGAUUGGGUGUGAGCCAUGCACAAGGCCAGUCCUACCAGGACAACAUGAGAGAGAAGGAAGGUGGUGGUGGGAGGAUGCCAAGGCCAAGGAAUGUGGCCUACAUAAAGGGAACAUCAAGGAAGAAAGUGUAGCCCACCUCAAUGGUACUGGAAAUGGGGCUAUUAAUGCAAAUGGAAGUGUCACUGUUGCAGACAUUUUCAAGGCCCCAAGUGUGAUAAGCCUAAGCAGGUCUGGGGUUGAGAACUUGUUGAAAUUGGAGAACCGGAGAGAGCCUUGGCUUGUCGUGCUUUAUGCACCUUGGUGCCGCUUUUGCCAGGCAAUGGAAGGAUCAUAUGUUGAAUUGGCUGACAAGUUGGUAGGGACUGGUGUGAAGGUGGGAAAGUUCAGAGCAGAUGGUGAGCAGAAGGCAUUUGCACAGCAAAAGUUGCAGCUCGGUAGCUUCCCCACCAUACUUUUCUUCCCAGGUCACUCAUCGCGGCCCAUUAAGUACCCCUCCGAGAAUAGAGAUGUCGAUUCAUUGAUGGCUUUUGUGAAUGCCCUCCGGUGA